GUGGAAUCGGCCAAAUCGAGGUUGUUUACCGCUUCGGGGGUUGCGUUGCAGAGUGGACUAACAGCCAGCGGCCACUCGCCGCUUGAAAAGCCGACCUUCCAACGCCGACGUGGCCGCGCUGUUGGGGCUGCCACUGGCUUACCGAGUCCCAUGGCCGUCCAAGCCACAAAACGCUGA